CCGAUUGACAUAUAUUAUUCUCUCCCAACACUUUAAAAACACCUCUCUGCUACAAAAUAGAUUUUCAACCCAUCUUUUCUAUCACCAAAGAACAGCGCAGCGUAUUUCGAUCACAAUCAUGCCUGAGAAACAACGUGUCUGUCUCGCCUACAGCGGCGGUCUCGAUACCUCUUGCAUCUUGGCCUGGCUCAUCGAGAAGGGUUUCGAGGUGGUCUGCUUCCUGGCCAACAUCGGACAAGAAGAGGACUUUGACGCCGCUCGGGAAAAGGCCCUGAAGAUCGGAGCCAAGGCGUUCUACUGCGUCGAUGUCAUUGACGAGUUCGUCAAGGAGCUUUGCUUCCCGGCCAUCCAGUGCAACGCCAGUUACGAGAACGUCUACCUCCUAGGGACCUCCCUGGCCCGACCAGUCAUUGCCCGCGCACAGGUUGACGUGGCUCAAAAGGAGGGUUGUCAAUGGAUCUCCCACGGUUGUACUGGAAAAGGAAAUGACCAGGUUCGAUUUGAACUGGCCUUUUACGCCCUUCAGCCAAAAAUCCAAGUCAUUGCCCCAUGGCGAAUUCCCGAGUUCUACGAGCGUUUCAAGGGCCGCAACGAUCUCCUCGAGUACGCAGCCCAACAGGGCAUCCCCGUCAGCCAGUCCAAGUCCAAGCCGUGGUCCAUGGACGAGAACCUGGCCCACUGCUCCUACGAGGCCGGCAUCCUCGAGGACCCGGACACCGCCCCUCCCCAGGACCUCUGGAAGUUGACGGCCGACCCCAUCACCCAGGCCCCCAACGAGCCCGAGGACGUGGUCAUCGAGUUCGAAAAGGGCCUGCCCGUGUCCCUGAACAGCCCUUCCACCGGCAAGAAGACCAAACCUACGGAGCUCUUCCUCGCCGCGAACGCCCUGGCCCGCAAACACGGCGUCGGUCGGAUCGACAUUGUCGAGAACCGUUUCAUCGGUCUCAAAUCUCGAGGUUGUUACGAAACACCAGGUCUCACGAUCCUUCGUAACGCUCACAUCGAUCUUGAAGGACUCACCCUCGAUCGUGAAGUUCGUGCUCUCCGUGAUCAAUUCGUGACCAUUGGUUGGUCUCGUGUCCUCUACAAUGGCCUGUAUUUUUCCCCCGAACGUGAAUUCCUCGAAGCUUCCAUCAAGGAAUCACAAAAGAGCGUCAACGGCCAGGUCCGCAUGAAGCUCUACAAGGGCAACUGUAUCAUCGUUGGCCGUAGCAGUGAGACCGAAAAGUUGUACGAUGCAAGUGAAUCGUCCAUGGACGAGAUCGGCGACUUUGAACCAUCCGAGACCGGUGGGUUCAUCAAGGUCCAAGCCAUCCGACUGAAAAAGUACGGACAGAUGAAGGCCGAAAAGGGUGAGAGGUUGUAAAACAGAAACACGACGAUUCGGACCCCAACCAAAAAAAGAGUCGACACCUAGACAGCCAUACACGAUGUCUGGCGCCGAGAACAGUCUCCUUUUAUGUUGGUGUUUUGGGGGUGGGCGGCGCCUAGUAGAGGACGGCAAAUCUUGAGAUUCCACAGGCAUCCAAAAAGAAAAAGCAAACCCGGGUGGUCGUUGUCUUUGAGGCAAGAUAUUCCUACGAUAGGUAGUCUGGCUAUCGGAGAUGGAUAAAAAAGGAGAUCCGAGGCCACAAAAAAUACAAUAUUGUACAUUAACAUUA